GUGAGCUUGUGCAACUGAUACAGACAAGGAGUUAUCAUGCAUCACUAAUGAGGAAAUCUCAGCCAAGCAAGUCACUAGAACAUUUUCCAAAGCCUCAAAGGCAACUGAAGACUGAACAACUUUAGUGUCUUUUCCUCUUAGCCCUGACAUGGUAAUAAUCUAUGCUCAAUGAAAGAUCUAAAUAAUUUGCAAAGAAACUUACUACUAAGAUGCCAUAAGAGUGAAGGUCAGUAUUUUGGAUGCGUUUCUGGCUACCAAGCUACACUGAGAUGAACAUUGGGGGAAAUCUCACUUUGAUGAUACCUUGGAACAAAUCUCUCCUGUGCACACUUCUGCUUUUUCUCCUUGGGUCCAUUGCUGCAGCUUCUGGUCUGAAAUCGAGGACAUCAAUAAACGGGUUUAAUGCAAUUCGCCAGAAAAGAGAUCUCUUAACAGCAGAGAAAUAUGAACCUUCCUCUAGAGCUCGAUCUCGUAGACUUUUUACUGAAACUUUUAUACCACAAGAAGGUUCUUGCCCCCAGACUUGCCUCAAUGGAGCACAUUGCACAGAUGCUGGUGUAUGUGACUGUGAAACCUUUCAGGCACAGGGGGACAGGUGCCAGUUUGUACCUAACACUGGCAAAGAGAGGGAAGGAAUCUGUAAAACCUGGGGACAGUAUAAUUUUGAAACAUUUGAUGGAAUCUAUUUUUACUACCCUGGAAACUGUUCAUACAUUUUUGCCCGAGACUGCAGCCAGAAUGUGCCUCUGUACACUAUCUGGGUCCACAACAGCCCUAAGUGUGGAGGUUCAGUGUAUACAUGUACCCGCUCAAUCAGCAUGUUCUUCUCAAGCCAUGACGAGAUCACUGUUUCCGGUUAUGAAGUCAGAAAAGGAGGAGUUCGAUUAACACUUCCACAGACAAUUGAGAAUAUUUUCAUUGAAAGACUAGCUGACUACAUUUUGGUAAAAACAACCUUUGGAUUUUCCCUUGCCUGGGAUGGUGGAACGGGUGUUUAUAUCAAACUGUCAGAAGAUCAUAAAGGGAGACCAUGUGGAUUGUGUGGAAACUUUAAUGGAAAUUGGUCAGAUGACUUGAUAAUGCAGCACACAGGUGAUUCUACAGAAGACAUUGCCUUGUUUGCCAACAGCUGGAAUGUCCAGACCCCAGAGGAACCAAUUUGUGUGGUCACCGAGUCUGAUUACCCUAAUCCAUGCUCUGAUGAAGCAGCUCAGGAGGCAGCAUUUCUCAAGUGCCAAGUUUUGCAACAGUUUCCCUUUAUGAGCUGCCAUGAGACCAUAGAUCCUUACUCCUAUAUUGCUAGUUGUAUGAAUGACCUCUGCAAGAAAGAUGAUGAAGAAACCUACUGCCGAGCUGUAAUGGAGUAUGCUAGAGCCUGUUCUCAUUCAGGCUUUCCCAUUCGGGACUGGAGGGAUGACUUCCCUGCAUGCACUGAGAAGUGUGAAGACAAAUUUGUACACCGUGAUUGUAUUAGCUGUUGUCCACCGACUUGCACAUAUGAAAAAGAAUGCCUGGGAAGCAACCUCCACUGCCUGGAUGGCUGCUAUUGUCCUGAUGGUUUAAUUCUCAACAAUGGCUCCUGCGUUGCCGUGACCAGUUGUCCAUGCAUCUAUCAUGGAAUGGCCUAUCCAGCAGGUUCUAUGAUUGAGCAAGAAUGCAGCAUGUGUGUUUGUGUUGGAGGCGUUUGGAACUGCACUGAACAUGAAUGUCCAGCUGAAUGCUCUGUAAUUGGAGAUGCGCAUUUCACAACAUUUGAUGGGCGUUAUUACACUUUCUUGGGUACAUGUCAGUAUAUCCUUGUAAAAGGGACUGGAAAAGAAAAAUUUACCAUCACUGUGCAAAAGACUUUAUGUGAACAGAAUUAUGACCAUGCCUGCAUCCAGUCAAUUACACUUGUGAUUGAUGAAGACAUAAAUAAACAAGUGACACUUUUCAGAGAUGGAGAAGUUCAGUAUGGUUCUAAUCAGGGUUUCAUUAUAAAUGGAGAGAUUGAAGUACGGAAUCUGUCAUCAAUGUUUGUGCAAGUGAAAACUAAAUUUGGUGUAAGAAUACAAUUUUCUAAGGGUGGUGACAGACUUUAUAUAAAAGCAAGUAGUGCCUGGAGAAGAAGAACCUUGGGCCUUUGCGGAACAUUUAACGGCAACUUAAGAGAUGAUUUUUUGUCUCCGGCAGGGAUGAUCGAAGGAACUCCACAGCUCCAUGCUAAUGCCUGGAAGAUAUCAUCUGCUUGUCUAACACCAGUCAACAUCCCAGUAGUGGAUCCAUGUGACAUAAAUAUCCAAAAUGUUGGUUAUGCUGCGCACUGUGAUGUCAUAAAUCAAGAGCUGUUUGCACCUUGUCAUACAUAUGUGAACCCAGGGCAAUAUUACCAGUUAUGUCGGUUUGAUGCAUGCAAAUGUGGAAGCAGCUGUCUUUGCAAUGCCCUUGCCCAUUAUGCCUACAUCUGCAACAAGCAUGGGGUCACGGUGAAUUUCAGAUCUCAAGUUUCUUUCUGUGGGGUCGUAUGCCUUCAUGGAAUGGUAUACCACCAGUGCACCUCAUUCUGUGGCCGGACUUGUGGUUCUCUUACAUCUGGAGAAGUCUGUAGUGAUGAAUGUGUUGAGGGAUGCAACUGCCCUGAAGGAAAAUACUUUGAUGAGUCAGUAAAUUUUUGUGUUGGAAUAUCCAGCUGUAGAUGCUACUACAGAGGCAGAAUUUUUCACCCAGGGGAAGUUAUGAUGAGGCAUGCUGGGUCUUGCCAGUGUUUGAAUGGAACAAUGAAAUGUACUGAAACAGCUACAUCCAUAGCAGGCCACACAUGUCCAGAUGGAAAAAUAUAUUUUGAUUGCAGAAACCCCAUACCUGGUUUCCCAUCAGCUGGGGUUAACUGUGAAGCCACUUGUGCCAAUCUGGCUAUGAACUUUACAUGUGUGCCCUCCCCACCUUGUGCCAGUGGAUGUAUUUGUCCAGCAGGAAUGGCAGAGCACAAAGGGAAAUGUUAUGUACCAGAUAGCUGCCCAUGUACAUGGAAAGACAGAGAAUAUCUGUCAGGAGAAGUGAUCUCUACACCCUGUUAUACAUGUGUUUGCAGAAGGGGGCUCUUCAACUGUACCAGUUACCCCUGCCCAUCAGUUUGUACUGUGUAUGGGGACCGGCAUUAUUACACAUUUGAUGGACUUGAGUAUGAUUAUGCAAGUGACUGCCAAGUCUAUCUAGUUAAGAGUGUGGACAAUUCCAAUGUUUCAGUCAUUGCCCAGAAUAGGAAAUGUUUUGACAAUGACAUCAUUUGCUCCAAGCAUCUUGUCAUUUCACUGGGUGACACAGACAUUUACUUUGGUGAAACGUCAGCUGCCCAGAAGACAUAUAGAAUGCAAAACAGUUUAUACAGAUAUGAACAUUGGAAGGCUGGUUUUUAUACAGUGGUGCACUUUCCAGAACUGGAAAUGACAAUACUUUGGGAUAAAAAAACCACAAUACAUGUCAAAGUAGGACCUCGGUGGAAGGGUAAAUUGGCAGGCCUGUGUGGAAAUUUUGAUAAGUACACUUCAAAUGAUUUUACAACAUCAAACAACAUGGAAGUGAGAAACCCUCAAGUUUUUGGAGACAGCUGGACAAUUGGUCAGUGUAAAAGUUCAAAUGAGACAGCGCGACCUUGUGAGGUUCACCAGAGCAAAUUCCCCUAUGCAAAAAAAGAGUGCUCAGUUCUCUACAGUGAUGUAUUUGCUCCUUGUCGCAAUGUGAUUGAUGUGACGUCAUUUGUGAAAAACUGCCAUACAGACACAUGUAACUGUAACCUGGGAGGGGAUUGUGAGUGCUUGUGCACUAGUAUAGCGGCAUAUGCUCACAAAUGCUGUCAGCAAGGUGUAUCAGUCCACUGGAGAUCUCCUAACUUGUGCCCGUACGACUGUGAAUACUAUAACGAAGGCCUUGGAGAGGGACCUUACAUUCUUUCCAGUUGUGGAAAUAAGGAUAUUGUUUUAGGUGUAAAUGUUACCAGCAAACAUUUCUUUCCCCUGCCAAGAAUGAGUGCACAUGGACGCGUUUUGUUUAAUUUCAUGGUAACACCUGGACUUUUCAAAGAUAAGGACCUAUCCUUGUCACUUGUGUCUCUGGAGUCUGCGGAAAGACCAAACUAUUUCCUCUCUGUUAAUGAAAAUGACACCGUUCGGCUGGAACAAUGGGAGGACAAUCCAUUUUUUCGGAGAAAAGCAACAUUUUUCCACCAUCAAGGCCUUUGGGUUCCAGGCUUUAGUGCCUUUGAAUUGCACAGCAAGAAAGGAUUUUUUAUUGUGCUCACUGAUAUGGAAGUUAAAGUUUCCAAAUAUGAUAAUUCAGAAGAGUUCAAACUUUCGAGCAGCUUUAAAAUUGAAGAGGUCGUUGCAGCUGUUCCAUACAGGAGAAUGUGUGAAUGGCGAUAUGAACCAUGCGCCAACCCUUGUGUCAAAACCUGCAGCGAUCCAAAUGCCACAACAUGUUCAUUUCUCCCUCCGGUAGAAGGAUGUAUACCAUACUGCCCAAAUAAUAUGAUUCUUGAUGAGGUUACACUUAAAUGUGUCUACCCAGAAGACUGUGUUCCAGUUACAACAACUGAAUUUUCAGUUUUAACAAAACCAACAAAGAUAAGUCCAACAGUAACAACGUCUUAUGUAGAAACUACAGCUUCAAUGAUUCCCCUUGUUUCAGUUUCACUUGAACCACUCUCUACUGAAGGUCCAUUACAUUCUACAUUACAUUCUACAAUUCAGGCCUCUUUUGGCACACCAAGUGAAAUCCAAACAAUUUACCCAGAGCUAACAACUGCAAGUACAGAAGCACAGCAUAAACUGUCCACAAGCGAAUAUGUUGAAACUUUAUCUACACAACAAAUAGAGCAAUCAACAUUUGCUGUAGGUCCUGGAAUUACAACAACAACACCAAUUAAGUCUUCUUCAGAUGCCCAUCCAGUUUCCUAUCAUCCACUGACACCUUUUCCAACUUUUACAAGUGCACCUCCAGGACCAGCAUUUGACACAACCAAAACACCAACAAGAAUGCUGGGCCCAUCCUCCUUGGGUCAUUUUCUACUGACAACAAAGUCUGUGACUGUAUCUCCCUAUUCACCUUGGGUAGAUAGUUCAUAUUUAUCUACUCAAGAUCUAUCAAAAUCACAAUUUCAAUCUAGUCAAGCAUCACCUCUUGAAACAACAGGACCUUACAUGUCGUUAUCUACUAAAUCAAUCACCCCUAUAAAUAUCUCUACUACUACUACUACAAAAUUCACAUCUCUGACAAAGCCUGUUGGUCUAGAAGCCAGUGGACAAACCACUUAUGAUGUUACUGAUGGAAAACAAUUUACCAGCAUUCAAACUUCCUUGCUAAAUAUGUCAUUACCUUUAACAGCAACGAAAAAUAUCACCAUUGAUGUUUUGAAAACCACAAUGACAACAAAAACACCUUUAACAUAUGUAUCCCCAUUAGUGAUAGACUCAACCACAAGUCCUACCCAGUCUGUUAUAGUUGAACACCAAACUUCAAAGGCUGUUACACAAACUAAAAUGACAGAGAGAAAGGAAGACAUCUUUGAUUCAAUGACCUCUAAAAAAUCUCAUUUCACAGAUAGUACAAGCUUGCCUACAUUUUUGCAGGCUACUACCAAUAUUUCAAAAACUGAUUUUCCACAGCAAAAUACUACCUCUGUUACAGAAUUAGACAUGACCUCCAUUUAUUUACAUUCAACUAUGUCACCAUCAACCCCCAGAGAAACUGCUUAUAUUUCAUCAAUUUCUUCACAAGUCUAUACUAAUACUUCUACAGAAAUCACCACUGCUUUAAUUCCCAAUGUAACACAUAUUCAAACUACUACUGUAACUCUGAGUACUAAAAAAUUCCCAAAAAGUACUGAAACAGCUCCAAGGACAUUCCCUCAGUUAAGCACCAAAGAAGUGUCCAGUACAACAUUUCCUACUCAGGGUAUGCAGACAACCGAAACAAUCUCAGUUAUUAAGCCCUCUGAGAAACAAGAAGUAACAAUGGCAGUAACAAGUCAUUCAAUAGCUCCAUCUACAACAUCUUCCAAAGAAAGUUUUGCUACAUAUUUUCCUGCUUCAGUCUAUGAAACUUUGAAAUCUUCUUCCCCUGUGAGUUCAUCCACACCUUUAGCAGAGUUAGCCAAAUUCACAGGAUUGACAACUAGUGAAUUCAAAGUCUACACUGAUUUUCUUUUGACUACAAAGGACAGGGAGACAUCACAAGCACCUACAGUACAAUUAGCUGCAACAACCGGGUCAUUUAUCACACCCUCUAUAGAAUCUGCAAUCAAUUUUACAACAACAGAAGAAACAGUUUUGGAUAAAACUAUAACACCCAAAUACAAUGCAAGUCAAACUUGGGCAACAACAGAAGAACAACCAUAUAAAUCAACGCCAUUAAAGUCUACUGAAACAUUGUCAUCUUUUACUGACCAAAGACUAGAAACUUCUAGUGAGCCUGUUUAUACUUCUGAAGCAAACUUAACAACUGCUGAGAAAGUUUUUCCAAAAACAACUUCCGAAGCCCUUUCUAAUUUUACAGAGUUUACACAGUUUGGAAGUACUCCAGAAAUCAUUGUGACUGGAUCUUCUGUUGCUCCUCUUCUUGAAACAACAAGCUCAGAAACAGUUACUGAAAUAUUUAUGAAUUACACUGCAUCUUCUGAGUAUUAUUCAUAUGGUACCAUGGUCCAUACAAGCGGUGCCUCAGAAUGCAUGCCAAGAUACAUCGAAUCACUGGACCCAUGCAGUCAAUAUGUCUGUAUAAAUAUGGGUUGGAUAUUGUACAAUGUUUCAAGUAAUUGCCACAAAAAUGUAGAGAAGCCAGAUUGUGGCUUUCGUGGAAUGCCCGUUCAAGUGAAUAGUGAUAGUUGCUGUCCAGAAUGGGAGUGUCCAUGCCAGUGUUCUGUGUUAUCAGAACUGAGCAUCAUUACAUUUGAUGGAAAUAAUAUUGCAUUGUAUAAUGCUGCACCCUACAUCUUAGUCAGACUUCCGAAAGAAACAAUUGUAGCCCAUAUUGAAAAAUGCCCUCCCAGUCUUAGUGUCAACUCAAUAAGAAAGCUGGUUCCUGCCGGAGGCACCUCUGGACUUUGUUUUAAAAAGUUAAAUGUGACAACAGCAAAUUUCCAAGUCCUCAUAAACCGCUUAGAAAGAAAGGUAGAAGUUAAUUCAAUUGUUCAGCCUCUGCCUUUCUCAAAGAAAGGACUGUGUAUUCAAGAUACAGGUGCAAUGUAUGUCAUUAACACUCCAGCAGGCAUAAACAUUAAGUGGACUCAUGUCACAGGCAUCAUAGAUAUACAGUAUGGCCUACAUUCUAAUCUUUCAACCAAAACAGAGGGGCUUUGUGGUAUUUGCAAUGGUGAUCCAAGUGAUGAUUUAAAGAUGCAAAACAGAACAAUAAUUACCAACAAAGAAGACAUUGAAGCCUUUAUUAAAAGCUGGGAAAUUGAGAAAUCAAUUGAUGUUACUACAAGACGUCCUAUAAGAAACUGCACAGAGGAUAACUGCACUUAUUGCCUGGAGCUUUUGAACAGAAAAGCUUUUUCCCCCUGUCACAGGAAAGUUUCACCGCAAGACUUCUGUGAGAAGAUGUGGAUCAACAACACAUAUUUUUUAAAUUAUGAAUGUGAUGCUCUUUCUGCAUACGUAGCUCUGUGCAACAAGCACAAUAUCUGCAUUAGAUGGAGGACCAAAGAUUACUGCUCUUUGACCUGCCCAGAAGGAAAAGAAUACCAAGCUUGUGUGCAACCUUGUGCAGCUAAAACCUGCUUAAAUAAAUGGUAUUAUGAAGAAUCACCCUGUUCGUAUUUAAGGGAAGACUGUGUGUGCAAAAAAGGAACCAUACUUCAUAGAACUGAUUCAGAGCUCUGUAUUCCUGAAGAAAAAUGUGCAUGUACUGAUAAUGCAGGGAAUCCACAUUCACCAGGAGAAGUCUGGAAUUCAUCAAUGAAACGAUGUUGUAUGUCUAAAUGCCUAGAAAAUGGAACCAUUAUAGCUAUAGAACCUGACUGCAGAAAAGAGCCAGUGCCAAGUUGCCAACGGGAGGGUGAGACACUUAUCAGUGUCAUUGAAGAAGGAGAGUGCUGUCCAAAAAAAGUUUGUGAGUGCAAUAUAUCUUUGUGUGAGAAGCCUCUAAUGUGUAAGACUGGUGAACGGCCGGUUGCUGAUUAUAAUCCUGAGACAUGCUGCCCAAAAUAUACAUGUGAAUGUGACCUUUCUGCUUGCCCAAAAUCUAUAGCGCCAAACUGCAGUGAGGAUCAGAUCUUAGUGGAGGCAAGGCAAGAGGACCCAUGCUGUUUCUCCUAUAUUUGUGUUUGUGAAUCCUGUACAGAACCUGUUCCAGUGUGCAGUGAAGGGGAAAUCCUUACCGUUGAUUUGAACACGACACACCAGUGUUGCCCUCAUUACAUCUGCGUAUGUGAUGAAAAUCUCUGUUCUACACCACAGCUUCAGUGUGCAGCUGACACUAAACUGGUUAAAAAGAAAAGCCUUGGCAACUGUUGUCCAUAUUGGUCUUGUGAAUGUGACUGUGGAAAUGUGACAAAUGUAGAGUGCAACUUGGGUGAAAUUCGGCGAAUUAAUGAACACUAUAAAAGCCCAUGUGGAUGCACUCAUUAUAUUUGUGAAAAACAAGAGGUCUGCAUCUUUCAGGGAAUCACAGUUCUACAACCUGGGCAGUCACUGAUCCAAUAUGUGGAUGGGGAGCUCUGCUACACAGUACAGUGUUUACCUGAAAAAAAUGAAAAAAGUGGGUUUUAUUCCAUGGACAUUUCAGUUCUGAACUGCUCACAACAAUGUGGAGCUAACCAAGUCUAUACACCAUCUCCAAGCCAGCAGAUGUGUUGUGGCACGUGCAAAAAUGUAUCAUGCUCCUUUUACAGCGAUAAUGGAACACUAGUUUUAUAUGAGGUUGGGGAAACAUGGAUAUCCAACUGCACCAAAUAUGAAUGCACAAAGACCUCUGUAGGUGCUAUGAUACUGGGCUCUAGUGUGGUCUGCCCUCCUUUUAAUGACAGUGACUGUCUGAAGAAUGGGGGCACUAUAGAGACCUACAAUGAUGGCUGCUGCAAGAUAUGUUCAAAGGAAGAAAGAAUUUGUCAGAAAGUGGCAGUUAGAACCACAAUAAGAAAAAGUGACUGUUUUAGCCAAAGCCCGGUAACUAUUGCAUCUUGUGAUGGGAAAUGUCCUUCAGCUACAAUUUUCAAUGUCAACCUUGAUAGCCAUAUAAGAUUCUGUAAAUGUUGCCGGGAAAAUGGAGUGCAGAAUCUGACUGUGCCACUAUAUUGCUCAGGAAAUGGUACGGAAGUGAUGUAUGUCAUACAAGAGCCCCUGGAUUGUUCAUGCCAGUGGAACUGAAUUUCAUUUUUUGUGGACACUGAUCAACAACAUUUCCUGGCACAGAAAAACAAUUUACAAAGCUUACAUUUUAUAAUGAUUGUGUCAAAAAUUGUCAAUAUAUUACAAAAUUUAAGUAAUUAUGGACCCACUAAAAUAAUUAAUUGUAUUACAAUUAAGGGGACUACGUUUCAUAUGUCAAUUAAAAGAAUUGAAAGAAAUUAAAUACUACAAAUUUGCACCAGUGAAACAACCCAUGGCAAUCAUUCAAAAUCGGAUUUCAUUAUUCUACCUGUAGGAAACUAAUCAUAGCUAGUUGCUGGUUGGACAUUGCCAGUGUUUCCCAAUAAACUGUAGAUAACAUUUUUUUUCAUUACAUGCAUGAUUAAAUGUAUACCCCAUCUAUGGAGGCAAAUUCCUCACAGAAAACACUGCAAAAUAACUCUAAAAUAUGGGGCUGCUUUAUUAAAGUACAUUUUAACUAAGCAUUAAUGAUGGUUACAGCUUGGUAAAAAAAAUGUGGUGGUUAAUAGAAGUGAAUGGUGUUUGACUGCUCAAUGCAUUCAAGCACAGUUUGCUGAAUUGUUUCAUUUAUGUGCUUUUAGAAAUGUUUUCAUCAAUUAAAUACUUUCCUGAAUUUAAAGAAAAAGUUCCUGAUAGUCAGGAAAGUUCAAUAUACUAAAAUGUUAGUAUAUAUGCCCUAUGUUUAUUUUUCUGUCUACAGUGACGGAAAGCAUUUGUGAUAUCACAUCAUAGUAGAGGGAAUAUCAUGGUGCAAAAAUGAUUUUUAGUUUCUCUUGCUCAAUGUUAUGCUUCCAUUUAGAGAAAUGCUUUUGCCAGCUUUCCAAAAUGAUCCCUGGUCACUUCCUUCUCGCACAAUAUCCCUUCAAUAAUGAUAACCAAUUGAUGUGUACAUAAUAUUGUCAAUAAAAUAUAUGUAUUUUAAUUAAUGUACAAAAUGAAACAUGAUAAUGGAUUUAAUAAUUUUAGGAACAUAUUACACUGAAAAAAUAGGCUAUAUCUCAGUUCAGUACUGGGUAGUAGGUCACGAAGAUUUUUGAUUUUGGUGUCCAAGCAUGUAUGGUCAUUUCCCAGUACUGAUUUUUAAAGACAUGCCACUAGACCAAUUCAUGUAAUAAGUCAAUAUAAACUGGAAUGAUGAGUAGCUGAUAUGAACUCGUGCUGUGUAUGUAUUCAAAUAAGAAAAUAAAAGAGGAGAAUGCUGAAAAAAACUGCAUGGUGUUAAAUAGAAAAUACUUUGUAAAGCACUAGGAUUGUUGUCUUAAAAAAGGCUACAAAAUUACUGAAAAUACUGUGUUACCAAAAAUUGUUGUGUAUAUCACUUUGCUGGCUUAAAUCACUGCUAGACUGUUACUGCAGAAAAUGUAUACUUCAAUAUACUGAUGGCUAAUAGAUGGUUUGAAUUCAUGUUAAACAUGUCUUCCUGUAAAGCACUUUGAAUUAUUUUUUAUUUGUUUGGUGAAAAUAUUUAAAAACUCAUGACCAUGUUAUUAGAUGCUAGUAUUUGUCUACCAGCCAAUCUUAAGGAAUAUUAUGUGGUGAGUUUUUCCAUCUUGAAAUUUUUUUUCAAAUAAAGGCAAUUUUUUAAAAA